AAUAAACAUAAAGUAACUGAGGGAACCAGCGAUGAUUCAUUACAUUUACCUAAACCUCCGUCUAAUAUUCCUGGAAAUGCGGAUCAAGAACGAGUGGAAUCCGAAGAUGGGGAGAAUAUCAAGCAGGAUUCUGAAUUAAAAGAAGAUGAAGAAGUGAAGAUGGAAACAGGUGUUGAAAAGGAGGAGGGGGAAAAUGAUGAAAAUAUAGAAGAGAGGGUUGGUGAAGAUGAUCCAGGAGGAUUAGAACAGGAACAGGAACAAAAGGAGAACAUAAAAACUGAGGUAGAUGAAGAUGAACAAUGUACGAAAAGUGACGAGGCGGCUGAGAUGAAAAGUCUGGAAAAUAAACAAUCUGAAAUACCAGAAUUUCCUGUUGAGGGGAUCAGUGAGGGACAAGAGCCGUCUGUACAUGGGGGUAGUGAGGAUCAAGGAUCACCUGUGGAGGGAGCUAAUGAGGGGGAAGAAUUUUCUGGAGGUGGACAAGGUGAAAUACCUGAAUUGCGUCAAGCGGAGGAUGAACUUGAACAUGCCGAACAUGAUAUUAAUGACGUUAAAAGUACACGGGAUGAUGAAACUAUCUUGGAGGCGUUGAAUGCAAGUCAGAUAUCAAGUGAUUUCCAGAGCUGGGAUCGGGUAAACGAACGUGGCGAGACGAAUAGUAUGAUACCUGAUCAACCAACAGCGCCCCCUAUUUCGAUGCCAGCAACGCUAACAGCAGUACAUCAAAAUACUACCGCAGUUGAGACAUCACCGAUAAAGACAUUCCCAGAAGUUGGUAACGAGACCAGCCGUGAUAUCCGUGAGCGACUCUAUCCAGAGAUUAGCAGCUUAGCAGAAGAUUUGGACAAAUUGAAGCCAUUUACAGCAGACGAGUUACGGUUGUAUUAUUACAAUCCACAGUUACAAACGUUAGAAGAUGAAGUUGACAGGUUUAUACAGGAUAGCUACCAAGAAAGACAUGAGUUUUAUGAGUUGAUAUUCCACUACUACAGAUCCAGACAUAAUUUAACAGCUAUUGAGAAAGAUAAUAAAACAUUACAAAUAGAAUAUAAACGACAACAAGAUAAUUUAUGGAUAAUUACAAACCAUGUGAUCACUGCUCAG